AUGGAUACGAACGGUAUUAGCCCUCUUGAAAUCAAUGAAUAUUUCGAUAAAGUUUAUGCUUUCAUAGAUUAUGAGAAUACAGUACCUCAACAACAUUUUAAAUUCGUGCGAAAUUGGAUUCUCAAUGAUCAAUCAAUUAACGGAUUGAAGAAAAAUCAUUUAAAAAGUGCUUUGGAUGAACGUGAAAACAAAUGGAAUGUUUCUCAGCAGGAAGGAAUAGAAUAUAUAUGGAAUAAUGAUAUAGAUAAAAUAAUUCAAGAUGCUCAAUUGAAUGCAACUUCACCUGAUUCAAUUAUUGAAUGGUGGAAUAACGGUUCUUACAUUAAAUGGAAUUCGGAGAAAAAGAUGCUUGAAAGGUUUGGUGAACAAGAAGUCAUUCUGAAAAGACUUAAUAGCUCUAAUAAAAUGAGAAAAAAAUGGUUAGAAGAAUUUGUUGAAUGUCUUGUAAGUUGUUAUGGAUUAACCAGAGAUCCAUUCACGCAUGAAUUUAUGUUGGUUUUGGAUAGUUUGACAAGUAAUUUGAGGCAAUUUCUACAGAGUAAUCAUUUAAUAACUUGGAUUAGAAGAAUAAAUAUUACUUUGGAUAUCGUUUCAAGAGUAGAGCGGCUUCAUGAUUCUGAUUUAGUUCAUCGCGAUUUGCACACUUGUAAUAUAUUGUUUAGUAAACAAAAGGGUCGAUUUUAUAUUAGUGACAUGGGCUUGUGUGCACCUAUAAACAAACUUCCAAAUCAAGUUUAUGGAAAUCUUCCAUUCAUUGCGCCUGAAGUAUUAUGUGGCAAACCGUAUACUAAAAAGUCAGAUAUAUAUAGUAUAGAAAUGAUCAUGUGGGAGAUUUCAACUGGAAAGCCACCUUUCAGUAAUUAUUUUUAUGACUCUAAUCUUGCUUUAGCAAUUCUCGAUGGAUUUCGUCCUGAAGGAAUUGAAAAAACUCCGCAAGAUUAUACAGAACUUAUGAAUCAAUGUUGGGAUGCUAUUCCUGAAAACCGCCCUGAAGCCCAGAUCGUUUUUAGAAAAUUGAUGAAAACUUUGACAAGGAACGAACAUACUGAAACUAUAUAUUCCAGUCAUAUUCAGAAAAUCAUUAAUCUUUCUGAACCAACAAAUGCAACUAAAGACAAAUCUGAAGGUAAUUCUUACUUUGAAAUUCAUGAUUCAAGAGCC